UUUUUUUUUGAAAAAGGACUUCUUACCAUAGUGUAAUGCUAAUAAUAAUGUAACCGCUAUCAGCUAGAUUUUACGGAUAAUCCAGUGGCUCCACAAUAAAACUUUCUAAUUUUCAUGACAGAAAUUAAAUAUGAAAACUAUGGAUCUAUGCGUAGCAGUCAACUUAAUUAAAUGUACGUAAUGUGAUAAACUCAGUGUUUUGAAACCCUGACCCGGACCCACGGUUGAACCGGUAAAUCCGAUGAUCUAGAAAAAAUCUAGUUUGGAUUUUAUGAAAAGCCCAAUAUUUAGAAACCCGAAAAAGCUUAGUAAAACAUAGAACCCGAUAGCGGUUGAACCACCGGUUGAACCACCAGUUAAGUCAAUAAAUAACUUUUACUUCUUGUUUUAGUUUUUAAUUAUAUUUUUAGAUUAUAUUUUAUAUAUUCUAAAUUUCCAAUUAAGAAAUUAGGUAUUGACAAAAAAAAAACAAGUUAGGUUUUCUUUUUUUUAGUUUUAUAUUUGUGAUUUUUAAAUUUUGAUAAAAAUUUCACUAUGUCACCUGAAGAAAAUAAAGUGAACGAUGGUAGAGAGAACCAAAAUUAGUUCAUGUGGUUUGGUGUUAGUUUAUUUUCGUUAUUGAUAAUUUAUUAUAAUGAUUUUUUACUUUUGGAUUAUUUUGUAUUUGAAGUUUAAUUUAUUAUUCAUAUUAGACAUUUAAAUAUUUAUAAAUUUUGUGUCUUGAUUUUUUAGAUAUCAUAACUCUUACCUUGUUCGAGAAAAUUUUAAGUAGUCUAAACUUUUUUUUGAUAUUUUGUAUGUCAAAUGAAAAUAAAAAUAUAAAAACUAAAGUUAAGUAUUUUUUUAAAUGUUCUUAAACAUAAAAUAUAUACAUAUCCAAACUAUUAUUUUAUUUUCUAAAAAACAUUUAGGAAAUAUUAAACUUUAGUUUCUAUAUUUUUAUUUACAUAGCUGAUAUAUUAUUAUAUAAUAAAAUUAGUUUAUUUAUUAAACCGCGGUUCACUCGCGGUCGAUCCAGUGACCCAACAACCCGGUAAGUCGUCCGGUCCGUAAACUAUAUAUCCUUUGAGAAUGAAAAUAUGUGGUCGACUGGCCGUACUAUAAAGAUAUGACAUUAUUUGUCCGUAUAAAAUAUUCCUCGCAUUAGUUCAAAAUUUUUAUAUAUUCCUCGCAUGUAAAAAAGAUUUUGUUUUCUGUACGUUUUAUCGAUUUAGUUGAUAGUUUAUUCGUUAGCUGUAAGAGGCAAAGAGUGAAGGAGGUGCGAGCCGAUUUUAGCCUCAAAUUCUCAGAUUCUCCCACUAUCUUAAUUUCAUUAUUUAAAAUGUGUUUUUUUUGUCCAAUAAACUUGAUUCUUAAAAGUUCACAAAAAAAAAAAAAACUUGAUUCUUAGAAAAAAUGGCUACAAACGCAUAUAUGAUAUAGAUUUACGUACCUUAGGAAAUUAUAUAUAAAGAACCCUUAUAGACCCUUCACAACAUCAAAUACUUAAACUCAAAUUAUCAUCUUCACACAAAGAUAUCGCAAUCUCUUUAAAAGUCCUCUAGUAAUCAUCCCUUAUCAUACAUUUUAAUCAAAACAUUCCCAAUUUUCCAACUGCAAGCUCAGUUUUAAUAUUUGCUUCACAUUUCUUACACAAAUGGAGAAGCUACAGAAGAUGAUUUCCGAGAAGUCGGUUGUGAUCUUUAGCAAGAACUCGUGCUGCAUGUCUCACACAAUCAAGACUCUCUUCUUAGAUUUUGGCGUGAACCCGACGAUCUGUGAGCUAGAUGAGAUCAACAGAGGAAAGGAGAUAGAACAAGCACUGGCUCAGCUGGACUGCAGCCCCACCGUGCCGGUGGUGUUCAUAGGAGGUCAGCUCGUCAGUGGAGCCAAUCAAGUCAUGAGUCUUCAUCUCAAUCGCUCUCUCGUUCCGAUGCUUAAACGCGUUGGGGCGUUAUGGCUUUGAUUAAUAUAAACAAAUACUUACGACCGAACGUAGUUUGAUAAUUAAUGACAAUAAUCAAAGGAUGAAAAAAUCAUAUAAAUGUAUGUAUGAAAGUUUUGUCUAUCUAUGUUUUAAAAGGAUAGAUAGUGACAUAUGUGGGUACCUAUUCUGUAACGUGUGGCUAAAUUUUCUGAUAGAAAAUUGGUUAGCGUUGGAUCUUUCCGUAGCCAUUUAUAUAUGUACGUACAUUUUUGUAAA